AUUAACAAUGUUAGAUCUUGAGUCUAGUACUGCAUUCAAACAUAACAUUAACAAUGUUCACGGCAUUAAGUAUCACUCAUCAAGCCAAGAAAUAAGUACUUGAAGGCAUUUAUCACUGAAUCCAGAGAAGAUGCUGGUGUGGAGGAGAUACUGAAAAUAAAAACUACGAAAAAAAUAAACCAACUGUAUCAUUUCAUACAGGGCUGUUCAUUGAACUGUUAA